AUGCGUCUAGCCUACACCGCAGUGACAGCUCUGGUCACCGUCUUCGUUUGUAUCGACGCGGUCCCGAAGGCUGUUAUCAAGUCCGACGAUUUUUCUGUGGAUCGCAGCUCAAACGACCGCGUCAACGAAGUGAACACGGAGAGACGUUUGGGCGAAGCGGAUCUGCACGAUGGCGGACCACCGCUGGCCUCUGACAAGGAGGCCAGAAAUGGCCCCAUCGGCGUCAUCGAUGAUGUUUUAAAAGGCGGUACAGUCUCUAAGAUCUUAAACUCUAAUGUGUUUGGCCAGUCGGUGAAAAAUGCGGGCGAUUCUGCGAAAGUAGCUGCAGCUGCGCUCAAGGUGAAACAGGCGGACGAUGCUGCGACGGUGGCUGCAGGUGUGCUGAAGGUGAAGGCAGCGGAUGACAAAGUGUUGACGGGUUUGAAGUCCAUCCAAACUCAAGGUUCCAAGAAGAGAACACUUUCGUCGACGGUCCGUGACUUCUUCGCUCGACUAUUUGGUUCCAAGAAGAACCCAGAAACGGCGAAGGCCACCCGAAGUGAUGACGUUAAGAAGGAAGUGGCCCUCACCCGAAGUAACGGGUUCAGGAAACCAGCAAGGGCGGACGAUGCUGUGCUGGCGAAGGCGGACAAUGCGGCGAAGGCGAAGGCUGACGCUUUGAUGAAGGCACCGUUUGGAAAGAAGGUUGUGAAGUCGUUUGGAGCCCUCAUGGAUCGACUUCGUCGAAAGAACACAUCGAAGGAGGGUAUAGCGCUCGCGAGCCAGGGGUUCUUUCAUCGGAUGCAAACACAGCUUGCGAGUUUGCUUAAAAAGAUGCGACCGGCGGCUAAGAGCGCCUCGACCUAG